CAUAAACCAUAUCAUAAAUUUAACUUUUUCUUUUAUAUAUCUCACACGUGAGGAAGAGAUUCAAACCACGUAGAAUAAGCUAUUCUUUGAUUGGAUUUUUAAAACAAAAACUUUUACCAGUAUUUUUCUUGGUAAUAAACAAAAUCCAAAAGUGGUCACCUUAGUCAAAUCCUCAUUUGCCCAUGAAAAACUAAGAAGCUUCUGAUUCAUGUAACUUUCCUUGCAACUUCAUCUUCAACUUCCACUAAAAGUAAGAAAUAACCAUCAAAUUUUGCUAUAAAUUUCAUGCCCAUUUCUUUCCCCAACUCCCACAACUCAUCCAAGAAUCUGACCUCGUGCAUUCUCUCUCAGUGACUCGAGAUCUUCUUUACUGGUUCUUCUUCCUCCAAUGGCCACCCGUGAAUUUUUCUGCUCCUCAGCUCUCUCAGGAGCCGAUUCCAUUCAUCAAUCUAAAUCUUUCCCCUCUGUUUCAGCCUCCGAUCAUUGGGUCAAGGCUGCCGACGCCCUCCGUUGCCCCCAUUUUGAGGAGGUCCGACGAAUGGUGUCGGAGUUUCAGGAGGCUAAGACUGUUGACAUUGAAGGCACCACCCUCACUGUUGCUCAGGUCACCGCGAUUGCUCGCCGGAGUGACGUCAAAGUUAACCUCAAUGAAGCCGUGGCUCGUGAUCGUGUGGCCAAAAGUGCUAACUGGGUUGCUGAAAACAUCUCUCGGGGAACAGACACAUAUGGAGUUACUACCGGCUUUGGCGCCACCUCCCACCGGCGUACCACCAAAACGGCCGACCUCCAGACGGAGCUUAUUCGAUUCCUCAACGCUGGAGUCAUCGGAAAGGACAAUCUCCCGUCGAUCUACUCAAAGGCGGCCAUGCUUGUUAGAACAAACACUUUGAUGCAAGGCUACUCGGGCAUUCGCUGGGAAAUCCUUGAAGCUGUGGUGAAGCUCAUGAAUGAGAAUUUGAUCCCCAAAUUGCCUUUGAGAGGUACAAUCACAGCUUCCGGCGAUCUGGUUCCACUGUCUUAUAUCGCUGGCGUUAUCACCGGAAGGCAUAAUUCCAAGGUCACCACAAUUGAAGGCGAAGAGGUAACCGCCAUGCAAGCUCUGAAGAGAGCUGGAGUUGCAGGCCCAUUUGAGCUUCAAGCAAAGGAAGGUUUAGCUCUCGUCAAUGGAACCGCGGUUGGGUCCGCAGUCGCUGCCACAGUCUGCUUCGACGCCAACAUUUUGGCUCUAUUAGCCGUCGUUCUCUCUGCUAUGUUCUGCGAAGCCAUGCUCGGCAAGCCGGAAUUUGCAGACCCACUAACCCAUAAGCUCAAGCACCACCCUGGCCAGAUUGAAUCCGCCGCCGCCAUGGAGUUCCUCUUGGAUCAGAGCGACUUCAUGAAAGAAGCAAAAACCCGACAUGAAAAGGACCCACUGACAAAGCCAAAACAAGAUCGCUAUGCACUUCGAACUUCCCCCCAAUGGCUUGGCCCACAAAUUGAAGUCAUUCGAACGGCAACCCAUUCGAUUGAAAGGGAAAUCAACUCCGUAAACGAUAAUCCUUUAAUUGAUGUCCAUCGGGACCUCGCUCUCCACGGAGGAAACUUCCAGGGGACCCCAAUCGGUGUCUCCAUGGACAAUCUCCGGAUCGCCAUCGCUGCAAUCGGAAAAUUAAUGUUCGCCCAAUUCUCUGAACUCGUCUGCGAUCAUUACAAUAAUGGAUUGCCGUCUAAUUUGAGCGGCGGGCCAAAUCCAAGCUUGGACUACGGCUUUAAAGGAGCGGAAAUCGCCAUGGCUGCUUACUGCUCUGAGCUUCAAUACUUGGCAAACCCUGUCACGACCCACGUCCAGAGCGCAGAACAACACAAUCAGGAUGUAAACUCUCUAGGUUUAAUCUCAGCCAGAAAAUCCGCCGAAGCGAUCGAGAUUCUCAAGCUCAUGUCCGCUACCUACAUGGUGGCGCUCUGCCAGGCGAUAGAUUUGAGACAACACGAGGAGAAUAUGAGGGAAGUCGUGAAGAAUGCUCUUCUACAAGCCGUCAGAAAAACCCUAUACGUCGCCGAAGAUGGAUCCCUUCUCGAAUCGCGAUUCUGCGAGAAAGAUCUUCUGCAAGUAAUCGAGCACGAGGCGGUGUUCUCCUACAUCGACGAUCCCACGAACACCUCCUACGCCCUAAUCCCCAAAUUGCUGGAAGUUCUUGUCGAAAGAGCGCUGAAAGGCGCCUCAGCGGACAAGGGCGAGCAUGGAAAUGAAACAGGCGUCACCAUCUUCAGGCGAAUCCCGGGGUUUUUGGAGGAAUUGAAGGCGAAAUUGGAAGAAGAGGUGGAAAGCGCGAGAGGGAGAUUUGAGAACGGGGAUUUCGCAGUGGAAAACAGAAUCAAGAAAUGCAGUACUUACCCGAUCUAUCAUUUCGUGAGGACGGAAGUGGGGACUCAGCUGCUCAGUGGGGCGAAGAGGGUGAGCCCUGGAGAAGAUAUAGAGAAAGUUGUGGACGCCAUUAAUGGAGGUAAAAUUGGAGAAGUUGUGACCAAGUGUUUGAAAAAUUAGGGCUUUUACGUUGUAUUAGAAGAA